UCGAAUUUGAAUGAUCGGAAAUUCAAGUGGUGUGCACAUAUGCUACGAAAACAAGCAUUUUAACCGAUAUUAUGGGAUGAUUUCGCUUCCUUCAGCUUUAAAACAGAGCGGAAGGGAUGCCCUAAGUCGUGUCUCGCCUUUAUAUAACAAUGGUUGUAGCAAAGGGCAAAAGCGAGCCACCAAAAUUACAUGAAACUCUAUUCGAAGAAUUCGUACAAGCAGCCGAUUCGGUUGAUAUUUUGCUUACAUUUCACAAACUCAAAGCUGCCAUCGGGGCUGAAAAUGUGGACAACGGCAGAGAGUUGUACGGUAUACUUAAGUCAAAGUUACAAUCGUGGAAAUGUAAGAGUUUAUGGGAUGUUUUGGACGCAAGAGCAAAACAUAAAGAAUAUGGGAAUCAGAAAACGUGCGAAGAUAUGCAAGUUUUAGUGAUUGGGUCUGGGCCUAUUGGUUUGCGUACUGCAAUUGAAGUAGCUUUGUUAGGAGCUAAAGUUAUUAUAGUAGAGAAACGGACGACUUUCUCGCGGAAUAACGUUCUUCAUUUAUGGCCAUUUCUCAUACAUGAUUUUCGUUCUCUCGGCGCCAAACGAUUCUAUGGCAAAUUCUGCUCAGGCUCGCUCGACCACAUAGGUAUCAGAAUGCUACAAUGUUUGUUAAUGAAAGCAGCCCUCAUAUUGGGUGUUCAGAUCUACACUGGUGUUACAUUUGAGAAAGUGAUUGAACCAAUGUCUGAAUGUGGUUGGCGAUGCCAGGUGGAUCCCCCAUUCCAUCCAGCCAGUCAGUUUGAUCUUGAUAUGGUUGUUGGAGCAGAUGGCAAGAGGAAUGUCCUCCCUGAUUUUCCACAAAUUGAAAUGAGAGGCAGUCUCGCAAUUGGGAUAACGCUUAAUCUGGUGUACCAUGGUACGAAACAGGAAGCCGCUAUUCCCGAAAUCAGUGGUUUGGCCUAUCAUUUCAAACCGAAGUUCUUUGACGAUUUAUAUCAAAAAAGUGGCGUGCGAUUAGAAAACUUUGUUUACUACAAGGGAGAGACUCACUACUUUGUCAUGACAGCUGUGAAAAGCAGUUUGCUUGCAAGAGGAGCAUUGAUAAUGGAUUAUCCAAAGCCUGCAGAUUUGUUGGCGUCUCCGAACGUGAAUUAUGAUCGACUCAAAGAGUAUGCUCUCGAUGCGGUGAAGUUUGGUACAGAAGGCAAACUGACAGAUAUCGAGUUUGUCCAAAAUGACAGAGGCAAGUCGGACAUCGCCGUGUUUGAUUUUACAUCCCUGAAGAAAGCCGAGCAUGCAGCGAGAAUCGUAGAAAGAAAAGGCCAUAGAUUAUUAUUGGCUUUAGUUGGUGAUAGUCUAAUUGAGCCAUUUUGGCCAACCGGUUCUGGUUGUGCACGCGGCGUUCUGAGUGCCUUAGACACGGCGUGGAUGCUACGUUCGUUUGCAAUGGACCGACCUCCAUUACAAGUUUUAAGCGAAAGAGAGAAUAUCUACAAACUUCUUUCAGCAACAACUGUAGAUAAUUUACGUAAGAAGUUUGAGGCGUACACGAUCAACCCGUUUUCUCGUUAUAUUGAUCUUAACCUGAAGAGAGUGAAGGAGGUUUAUCAUCUCUAUGAUUCCGAUGAUCCAGUGAAUGCGGACUUCAGAGUCGGAAGUCCCACCGGUGUUGCCUCAAUCUUUGAAAACACGAAACGUCGUAUUAGUGUGGGUGGAAUUAAAGCGGCUAAAACUGGAAGACGGAGGAAAUCUAGCUCUGAUGAUCUAGAUGAGAAAAGAGGACGAAUUCGAUCGCGGAAGUCUAGUUCUGAUGAUCUUGAUGAUAAGAAAGGAAAGAACGAAACGAAGUCUCGUAAGAAAUCAAUCAAGCAAGCAUUGCGGCGUAGUCACAGCCGUGACACUGACAAUGAGCUUAACGAUGUUACACCCAACUCUAAAACGAAGAGCCGGAAAAGUGUGAAAAAGCAGCGCAGUCAAUCCUCGGAGUCAGCGGACGAGAAAGAAGUGCGAAGAAAAAAGAAACUGGGACGAACUAAAUCACGUGAUACUGACGGUAGUAAUAACAGUUUAGAUACAAUUACUGAGAGUCCUCAAACUGUAGCGAAGAAAAAAGAAAAUGCCGAGAAUAAACAUAAUAGCGUCCUUAUGAAACAGCGAUCCACCAAACGUUGGCGAUUAUUUGGUGGGACUAAACCCAAACUUCGUUCGGUUGAUAAAGAUUCAAAGUCAGCCUCGAAUGAAAAUUUAGCAGGAAGGAAGGAAGAGGAUGUGAAAAAGUUAAAAAGAGAUGUGGAAGCACAACCGUUGAAAAACGGACAGGUUAAAAACGAGGUAAAGGAAAAGGAAGCGCCCAAGAAGCAGGUUGAGAAGACGGCUUCGGAUAGCCAUGUUAGGAAAGGAAUGCCUGGAAAACAGGAGGAGAAGACUUUAUCACAAACGAAUGAUCACCGUAAAAAUGGACUAGGAAGGAGCAUCUCAAAGGAGACCAACACUGACCGUAAGGCACGAGCUGGAGGGGCUCUUAUUACAGAAACGUACACCAAAUCAACACUAAGGCAACUGAACAGCCAUGAGGCCAGUCCUCAGCUUUUGCGAAAUUCUCUUAGGAAAACAAGCGAGUUGCGUGGAGGAAGCAUAAGUAAUACCGCUGCAACCCCAGCAAGACUUGGUCAAGUGAAACGCACCAACAGUGAUAUUAAGAGAACUGAUCGAGUUUUUACCAGCUUACGACAGGCGAGAGAAGAAAAGAGACUGGGGCAGACGAAGGACGAGCCUGUAAGUGCAAGGGAGGCGACGGAACAGACUGGUGUCGAGAAAGAACAUAAAAGAGCAAAGUUAGAUAUGAAGACUGGAAAAGAAUCUGUUUCAGUAUUUGAUGACAUUAAAAGUCUUUCGCCAGCUGCUCAGAGAACAGCGCCAUUAUUAAAGACACUCACGCCAGAAAAGAAAGAUGGUAAAUAUAAUGACGGUGGAGCCAUCGCAGCAGCCGCUGGCCUCGCCGCCAUGUUGGCUUUGACCACGCCACUUGCCAUGGAAGGCCAGAAAGUACUUGAACGACAAAAGAUUCUAACGAACAGCCAAGUCAGUGUAAAGGAAAAGAUUGCUUUCCUGAAUUCUGUUAGCAAUUAUACCAACAAGACUAGAAGAGACCUGACUUCAGCGUUGGACGGUGCGGAUGGAAGUCCAAAGCCGGUCAAACGUUUCUCUUCAUUUUCAAAUGUUCAGAGAAAUGUGAAACAAAAACUGGAAGAAGAUUCGAACAAAGCACUCACAUUGCCAAGGAAAGUAUUUCCUCGUCAAAGCCUUCAAGAGAAGAUGUUCUCAGCUCACGCUGACAUUCCUUCUGCUUUGGACUCUGCCAUCAAUAUUCUUAUUAAAUCUUACACUUUUGAUGAACGGCUACAAGGAACUCUGAAAAUUAUGCUGAAUAUAUUCAGGUGCAUUUCGAAGGAUCCUGACGAUGAAACGCCACGACGUAUAUCCACCAACGGUCAAUUAUUCCGUCCUCUGGUUUGGGAUUUGAAUGAAGCCAAGUUGUUUAUGGUUGUGAGCGGCUGGAUGGAGAUCGGCAGUUUUAUUGUCUUUCCGAAAACGAAGACCGUUCAUGAGCCUAUUAGAGUAUUAAUGCAAAACUACAGGCAACUAUGGGAAAAGCAGGCUCUCGAUACAUCAUGUCCUCAAUUUGUACUGCCGGAAAGUACCAUAAAACAUCGUCGUCGACCGAGUGACGAUGUAUUUCAAAAGGAAGGCGGACUUCCAAGAGACGAUGGGUUGGACACAGGGUCGCACUCGGGAUCAGACUCUGGUAUGGGAUUUUCAGAAACUGCUUCUGAGCACAACGUACCUGCGGUGAUGGCCAUUGAUGACGUCGCCCAUGACGUGAUUACUGAUGACGUCACUACGAAGCGGUCUUCGAAAGCCCUGGAUCCAAGAAUGUACUUAGAAGCGUCGUAUAAUCACGACUUAGGUGAACAAAAACUGAAUCCCUCGGACUACGUUGAGCAGUCGAUUGUUGACGGCCCUGAUCAAUCCACUACAGACGUACAGAUACCUGACAAUACCGAAUUGUAUCCAAAUAAACCCUUAUCGCCCCACGUUCAUCCCAGUAAAAUCUUGAAAAAACACGAUUGGGAAAUAAUGGAAGAACCGACUCCUGCUCUUCAAUCCCCAAAAGGUAUCCUAUAUGCUCCGUCCUUGCAAGCAGAAACAAGCCGAGCUAAAGAAAAAAGAUCCAGUUUUCGUCAUAGUCGACAACUAGCCUCAGAACUUGAUGUUAUGAUGAACGAACUGCAGGAUCCUAUCAAUGAAGAUCCCGAUGUUUUGGACACUGAUGCACCCUUACUGGAUCAUGACCCUCAAAAACAUCACAGUAAUGACGGUGAACAAUCCAGGUUUUCUGGUUCAGAGGUCUCAACCAUAGCAGAAAGUCGUGGUUCAAAGACGUCAAGCAAACAACAAGCUCAGGGAAAGAGAAACGAACUGGAUGAUCUGUUUGAGACGUUAGAUUUCGUCUCCGAUGCACUCACGGCGCCACGAGUGAUCUACGAAGAGCAACCGAAGAAGACCCAAGGUGGUCCGAAAUCAACCGAGGCAAGUCGCCGGAGAGAGGAAUAUACACGCUCAAAGUUACAGUCUAAGUCAACGGAAGAAUCAGCGCUAAGAUCUAAUUGUAAGACAAGAAGCCAAGUUUCUAAGGAAAGGCAGCACCGAGGGGGAGCGUUGGUGGAGAAUAAUGGUCAGCACACUAGGGUUAAGGAUAGCAAAACACGAUCGAAGCAAGCAAUUAGUGAAGUUGAUAGUAAGCAAAUGAACGAUACUAGACAGCGCCGGAAUAAUGCCGCCGAUGAAAGCACUAACGAGCCUUUGCGAAGGUCUCGUAGGAUUGCUGAAUCAUCAAAUCGAAAGGCGGUGUUGGUCCUGGAUGCUAGUGGUUAUCCUGAAGAAAGUUCCACUGAUCUCAAUCAGGCGUUUGUUGAUUCAGAGUUACACGAGACUAAACAAGAAUCUGGUUUAGAAAAUGGUAGUUUAGUUCAAGAGAAAAGCGCAGGACGGAAGAAAAAAGCGCGAAGGCAAUCGUCCGUGGUAAAAGCUAGUAAAUCACGUGCACGCGCCAAACGUACUGGAUAUAAGUCACGCAAAGAACGCUCUAUUGACACGUGAUAUUGUAUAAUAUAAGUAACCAGUUUUAAAGAAAGGCUGGUUAAUUUGUCAGUGAUGUUAAAUGAGUCGAUAAUAUUUCGGUAAAUACUAAGAGUUUAGGGGCUGUUUACAUGAGCCCGGCUACCCGAGAUUCGACGAAGCGUGAGGUGAUUUUGAGAUAUUGAAAUGAGUCCAUGAAAUCAAACAAGAACUAGGGCAGAGUAAGUGUAAAUAGAUAUUUAAUAAUACCUAUUACCCUGCUAUCUCUUACUCUGCUAUUACUUACUCUGUGCCUGCUAUUGUUAGGAUGGUUAAACUGUGACUUAAUCACUGCCAGGAUCAUGUUAUACUCAUUUCAAUACCUCAAAGUCAUUUUACGCUUCGUUAAAUCUCGGUUAAAUGAGAUCUUGUAAACAACCGCUUAGAAAGAUAUAUAAAUACUUUAAGGUAAUGAAAAAAAUGUAAUAAAUUUGGAUACAAUUUGUAGAUAUUUUUAGGGUACCAGAAAGAAUGAAUAUAACCGAUAGAAUUCAUAUAAAAUCAUCUGAAAGAAUCAAAUGGACGAAAAGUUGACGUUUUACACUUUUUGUGGAGUUCAUAUUUGAAUAUAUAAUUAAUGUCACCACAUAGAAUUAAAAGAAGG